AUGUCAUCAAAUGGCAUCCCUACAGCGUCUCCCAGCACCCAAGCAUCUGACCAACUGCCAACGCAGCCUGGUCAAACGUUGAACAACGGACGCUAUGAGGUGCACCGAAAGCUAGGCUCUGGCAUAUACUCAACGACAUGGCUAGUCUCCGACACUCGCUCAGAUGAGAUCGGAGCCACAAGCAAAUACUACGCUGCAAAGAUCCUCACAAUCGAGGGGUCACGCGAGCACAUCGAUGGCAGUUCGCGGGAGCUCGAGUUUCUGCAGCAGAUCGCCGCGUGCGAGGACGUCAAUUCUCUACCUGUCCUCCACGACCACUUCGAGGAGUCUGGGCCUCUGGGGACCCAUCUGUGCUUUAUAAUGAACUUAUUAAACUCGGACGUGUCUACCUUCCGUCGAAGCUCGCCGACCAAAUCGCUACCGGCGUACACUGUGAAGAAAAUACUGACACACACUCUCGAAGGGCUCAUACAACUGCAUGAACUCAACAUCAUUCACACAGACCUCAAGCUCGAUAACAUCCUCUUCAGCCGGGUUGGAAGCGACAAAGACGUCGACAGUGAACUGAAAUCGAACCCAGCGAUCGCAGACUCCGAGCUCGAGAUGGAGGGAAAGAAUUAUCCCCUCUUUCGCUCGCAGCCUCUCCCUCACGGACAUGCUUGGGAUGCUUCGCCCUCCCAAGCAGAGGCCAUGCAAUUCACUAUCAUCGACCUUGGUCAAGCCCAGCGUGCAGGCGAACAGCCGACCGUGGACGAGUUCUCGGCCUACUCUCUUCGCGCGCCUGAGCUGAUUCUGCGCUCGGACUUCGGGCCAAAGAUCGACAUCUGGGCCCUUGGCUGCCUAACAUUCGAAAUGUUGACGGGUCGCUGGUUGUUCGCACCCGAAGAAGGAGGCGACGAUUGGUCGCUCGAAGACGAUCAUCUCGCGAAAAUGCUGGAGCUCACGGGCGAGCGUUUCAGUCCCGCCAUGCUCGAACGUGCCCAGCUGCGAUCAAAGUACUUGGAUGCACAAGGCAAUUUACUCCGCCUUGAGCUGAUCCCCGGUCAGAGCAUUGAGGCUGCUCUGGCAGUAUACAAGACUAUGCCCACGUCCGAGGUCGCCGGCGCGGCAAGCUUCAUCCGCGCAUGUCUCAAAUUCGAACCCUCUGACCGCGCGUCCGCGAAGGAGCUAAAACUGCACCCAUGGCUGACCGGCAGUAGUUGCGCACAGCGCGCGAUUGAUGCGACGUCGGGAUGAAGGAAGAACUGGGCGCGGAUGCACGGCGCUGCACGUUCUAGCGGUAGCUGCGCAUGUCAC